AUGACUUGGACAGACGCCAAGAAAUACUGUAAGAAAUGGAAUGGUCGUCUUAUUGUGCUAGAUAGUCAGGAAAAGUGGGACUACUUCACGGCUCACAGCAAAUACCAGGAAUAUCGACUGAACGAGACGGUACAGUGGAUUGAUAUGAAAUUUAAUGACACUUUUACGUGCGAAUGGAAAGAUGUUUCACUCAUCACGUCGGGACAAACAAGGUCUAUCGAACAGACAACGACAUCUGAAAUGGAGGCAGCUUAUGUGGAAUCGACGGUUUCAUCGCCACAUUUCAGCAAACCUGAGACUGACGUGUCGUCUAUUACCUCCUCCACAAGGUCCACACCAGAAAAAGACGUGUCGACUGCUGCCUCUUCUACAAGGUCCACACCAGAAUCGGACGUGUCAUCUGCUGUUUCCUUUACGACAUCCUCUACGUCACCACAAACAGAAACUGAUGUGCUGUCUACUACUUUAUCUACGCCAUCAACGUCAGGCACGAAGGAGCCGGCUACUGUUUCCCCUACGACUACAACGACUGAAGCAGAAAUUAUGACGUCAUUUGAUUCGCCUACAUCUACCACGCCAGUCAUAUCAACCACUACCGCUCUGAUUCUUUCUGGCGUAGAAAAUGACACUUGCAGUAGAUGUUGUCUCCUGAAAAACCAGACAAAACUUAACCAGUAUGAACUUGAAGAGAUCCUGCAUUUUUUGAGGCUGCAGUUGGCUGUAAACAAAAGCACACUAUCCGUCCAGAGGCGUAAACUCGUGAACGUGUAUGACUCCCGUCCGAGUAGCGCUGCCAUGGGAGGUGUGGCUUACGUCAUCCUAGCCACGGUUCUCGGAGUGAUCGUUGUACCUGAUAGAAUCGCAUUUGCUAGGUUCCUAUACGAACGCUCUCGGCCGCAGCGCAAGAACUUGGCUAUAUAA